GGACAGGAUAAGGUUGGUCCCAGAAGCUUGUGGGUAUUGAAUAUCUCCCCUGGGGCUCUUCUAUUUCGUUGCCUGUUAGUUGUCAUGUCAAACUAUGACUACCAGGACGACGCGGAGCGAAACUGACGCCCGUUGGGGGAGCGCACUGGGCGGGCAGGUCGAUGUGAGGACCGGGACGCUUAAAUCUUUUAUCUCAAGAAUGGCGGCUUCGGCGAUAACAGGAUUUGCGUAUCCCCACUAGCUUCUGGCCAAUAUUCCCAGGAAAAAAUUGCUUGCAUCGCUACUAAGAAUCAAGAGGGACUCUGUUCUGUGCAGCCGGUUUCCGCUGCGCGUAAUCAGCUCCAGGACCAGCGCUGGAGUCGGUGCGCUCUGGCAGAAAGCGUCCUGCCUCCUCAUCUCUGGGCUCAGACGGCAGUCAGUGUUUCCCUCCAUGCCUCCCAAUCUCCCAUACCCUCCGUAUUUUGCGGGGAAGCCGCUGUAAUCCGGCCAUUUUCCCCCCCUUUUAACUCUUCAAAUACUUUUCACUCUGGGACGGAGAAGAAGAGAUACAAGCAAGUUUUUGAGUGUGUCGAACUGGAGGGGAGGACGACAUGGCAGCCCCGGUGAAAGCAGCACUGGCUCUCCUGGUUCUCACCGUGGCAAGUAAGUAAAUCAUUCUUGUCCUUAUGGAACGGGACCAAGAGUUUCCUAAUGCGCAAAGGACUUUAAUUACGCACUCUUGGUUAAUUUAUCCUAAAUACGCAUUCUCUCAUUGCUCUUUGCAUGUAAAUACAUGUGAAAGGUCUUGAAGUCACCUAUAGUCAGUGCCAUAUGUGCUUUGCUGUAGGUCACAUACGCUUUCAUGCAGACAAAACACAGCGCUCCUGUAACCCUCACGAGAAAAGGUCUUGUUAAGGAGCCUAUAUAAAUUCUGGAGAGAUGUUAAAGCCGAAAUUUGACUUUACACACACGUGAUACCGGAAAGCAGGCCGGUGGGGAAAAUAGUGGCAUUUCCUUACGUCAGUCACUUUGACACGUGAUUUUAAGCACGCCUCAAUUAACUAACUUGAGUCUCGUUAGAUGAGAAACCCACGGAGUAAAACCGGGACUGGUUUUACGCAUGGGUAUGAUAUUCAAGAAGGGUGCAUUAUCUCUGCACAUUUGUCCCUGCAGUGUUGGACAGUAAUUUUUGAUGACAAUUUGAAACCAUUUGGCACUGUAAUGAUCUUUAUUUGCCCCAUUAAGCAGUAAGAUGAUCUGGCUUUAGUGGAGGACACACUUAGGCAUCAGACUGUAAAUCAAAUAGCGUGGUGCCCCUCAUUGUGCCAAGCCGGGCCAGCAACUGUGUGCUGAAGAAGCCCUAUUAUUACACCAAGUGGAGACUAGAUGGAAUAGCUGUCUCUAUAAAACCCUUUUCUAGACAGAAGAUCAGGUUAUAUAGAGGUUUUUACCAUUUUAUUUUAUCAAUUAGUCUAAAUCUGCUUUGGAACCUAUUCAUGAAUUAAGCACUCUGGGGAAAUCCCUGUCAGGAGAUGUCCAUAAUUCUAAAAUAAGAUUAAAAUGUGUCAGGAAAUAAUCUGCUGCAGCUCUCAAUAGAGCACAUUUCUGUUCCACGUUGUGUCUGCUUUCUCUCUGUUGUGUAUUUCUACAAGCUGUUAAGCAGCCAAACGUCAGCACAUCAGAGUUUGCUAAGUGAGAUGUGAGAAUUAUUUGUUGUCAAAUCUAAUGUGGAUUCAAUAAGAGGACAUCAAGCAGAUCAGUAUGUUUUCACUUGUUUGUAUGCUUGUGCUUAUGACUGUUCCACAUAUGGUUUUGCCGUUGAUCAAACACCCAAGAACUAGAGUUGUUUUGUUUGCCUGGAUGUUUGCAGUAUGAGUACUGUAUAUAGGUUCAAAAUGUUUCCUAUACGCUGCACUGAGAUCUUGCUUGUUUGAUGUAUUCUACUAUUUAAGCUUCAACAGAUACUUCCUAAUCUUCUAUAUGAUCCCUCAACUCUCACCUAGUCUGCAGCUGAGGUAUUGCCUGACCUUCACCUUAUUCCUCCUGCUCAUCUUAGGUCCAGUCACAGUGAGAUGACUUCAGCCUGGCGGUCACUCAGCUGGCAUGAACAACCACCUUUUUCACUCUCGGCCUCACUCUUCCUCGUCUUUGAAGCCACAUUUCCGUUCACAUCUUAUCUACUUCUCUUCGACUUUAUCUGACAUACUCAUUUUUCAUCAUGCACUCCUACCUCCUGUCCUAUCUUUCUCCAUCUCUCAUCCCAUAUGAGCCUCAUAUUGUAGUUAUUGCGCUAAUAUACGCGCUUCAAUUGAUCGGGAGUGUGAGAGGGGAUGGCGUGCGAUUGCCUACACACAUGCAUGCACAUCCCUGACUCUGCUUCCCGGUUGCCCCUGGGUUCAACUUAAUGUGUGGGUGGGCAGAUGUAUGCAGUUCUAAGUUUCUGUCCCGAGGCUGUUGAUUCUCAUGAGUUCAUGAAAGUGCUUUCUCAGAACUGCGGCUGCAUGUUUAGCCCAGCAUCAGUGAGUCAACACAUCAUAGUAAAUAUUAGUCAUUGCGUUGGCAUACUUGUUUGGGAGUUGCUCUUUGAAUGGAGAGCAGCAUCAGAUGUGUUUGGAAGAAACUUGUUCAAGCUGAAGUUAGUUUUACACCAACACAGAACAGUAGUAACACACUUUUCCUGCAGUUGAAGUGUGUCUCAUACCAAAAUAACGACAUGAUCCAGAGCAGGUAGAUACAAAAAGGGGCUGUGAUGGAAAAAAAAUGUUUGAGAGUUGUUUCUAUCCUCUCAGGUGGGAUCAAUAAAAAGUUUUGGGGCGAAAAACCAUCAAAAAAAUCCCAAGAGAUUCUAAAACACACAAACAUUUCUCAGGCAGAAGAUUCAAAGUGAUCCAUGUCUUGUUCGAACAUUGCUGUGUGGUGAUGGAUGUAAGUGGAUGCCACAUGGGUGUCUUUUAUAACAUGACUGAUCCGGGCCGAGUUCAGAGCAAAGCCAAAGACAGCUGAAACCAAAAUUGUUUUGGCCUCAGAAAGGCCACCCCAGAUGGAGAAGGUACUGAAUAAUUCACAACCCUUGAAGAACGAUGCAGAAUUUGGAUGCUUGUUCUCUCUCUACACUGCACUGAGGACACAGCCUGUGAACACCCGUAUGCAUCACUCGAAACACAGCAGCAUGUCUGAGGGGUUUUCUCUGUGUUUUGACUGACCUGUAUGUCUUGAGAGCCACUGUGUGUUGAUUUGAUGUGGAUGAGAAAGUCCCAGAGAAUAAUCUCUGAUUGUGGUUGAGUCUCUGCUUGUGAGAUGAUGGCAUUUUUAUUUUAGUGGCGAUGAAUUAUUGAGGUGAGGAGAGUGCAGCGAGCCGGACAGGAGUGUGUGUGUAUGUGUGUGUGUGCGUGAGUGUGUGUGUGUGCAUACAUGUGUGAUAAAACCUGCUGGUACGUUCCCUAAUGCUCCUUCUCCUUUCUUACAUCCAUCCAUCCCAAACACACCAUAUUGUGACCCCAUACCUUACAUCUCAGUGUAGAGUCUACGCUGUGUUCCUCAGAUACGUUCAGUCCUUUCCACCUGCCACACGGAGUAAUUUGUCUUUUGUGUAGGGUUUAUUUUUAUGCUCUGUACAUUUUCAAGGCAUUACCACAUCUUUGGUUUCUCUCAGGCAGACAUCAGACAGAGACUAUAUCACUAGACAGAGGAUGCAGAUCUGUGCUGUACAGUAAAGAAACAAUCAGUGGUUUUGAUCAUUUCUUUUUGAACUUUUUAAUUGUGAAAUUUUGAAGCCAAUCAAAGAGUGGUCUCAGUUAGUUUGAUAUCAGAGUGAGGAGAGUUUUGUCAGUGCCUUCAGAGCUACGACUGACAAGGAAAUGAGACUAAUCUUGUGAUUUGGUUAAAAAAACAAAAAUGUAGAAGCAGCAUCCUUAACUGGUCUAGGCCUCCUUAACAAGGAUUUCAGUAACGACAAUACAAUUUUAAUAUUUAUUACAAUACAAUAUAUUCUGUUGACAAACCCUGCUAACUCAUUAUCUGAUGCAACUUUUGUCUGAACAUUUAUGCUGGUUUCUUGGUACAAAACUCUGCUCAUGAGAUUUAAUAACUGAAUAGAAAUGUUUCUCACAAAAUGAAAUAAAUCUAUUAAAUAAAAAGCAAUAUUUUCUUUGUUGUUGUUGUGUUAAAAUCUGGUUCGAAUAAUUAAAUACAGUAUAUAAUUGAUGCAGCAAAAGCUGAAAUGUUUGUCUCUCUACCAAGGGGACUCCAGUGGUGAAGUUAAGCGCCAACAGUUAAUUGUAGUUUUACUCUUCUUAUAGAGCAGUGAGUGAAAUGAAUUUUGUAUGUAAAAGCACUGGAAUGCGCCUUUAGUUGAACGUCAUGAAUUAGUAUUAUUUCGUUGUAGCCGUGGGUGUUUUAUUUUUUAAGCGUGAUGUUGAACAGAUUCCAGUCAGUCAUCUAAAUUCAGAGCCCCUCAUUUAUUUACACCUCCUUUUUUCGGUUGCUCUAGGCUUUAAUCCAAUCAACCCGAGCACAGUGACAAACAAAGCUAAAAUAAAACAAAGAGAAAGUCCAACAGGAUUGAUUGUGAGGGUGGUCCCUGUCUCCCAAAACUUCAGAACCAAACCACGCACCAAACUUCUCAUACUAAGCAGCAUUUUGCAUCUAAAUACUCAGUCAUUACCAGGAUAUGUCAACAUAAUUUGGUCAGAUCCUACUUAAAUGUUGGAAUUCUUGUCAUGUCUCCCACUCUUGCUGUUGUUUAUUGUGUGUGUGUGUGUGUGUAUUUGUGUAUAUGUGUGUCCGUCUUUGCCUUCCUCUGUGCCUGAUCCUGACAGACGGAGCUCUGUGUUUCAGAACUCUCUGAAGACGUUUACCCUCGAGCUUUAGUGUCAUGUCACAACUGCUCAGACAUUGGACACUUCUCUGCUCUUCUCUCUUUGCUGAAGGUUAAUGCAGACUGACCAAGUCUGAGGAUAUCUCUCCUUCCUGCACCUGCUUUUAAAGCUUGGUGCUCCUUUUUUCCCUUUGAUUUUCAGCAUUUCUCGGACAGCGUUUUUGUCUCAAGUAUAUAUCGAUGUGACAGUUGGCAGCACUGCGAAAAAAAAGUGCAAGUAAAAGGCCAAAAUAAAAAACAUCUAUAGUUGUCUAAAGCUGCUAACUGCACAGUUUUGAGGAGGCUGGAGAUGAGGGUAUUGCUGAUGUCAGAUCAGAAGUGUUUGCACUGCUGUUUCAAUACAAGCAGGUUUAAAUAUCUCAUCUAGAUCUAUGCUCUUUGUAUUUAAAAACACAGCCAGAUAUUUAACUUUAAUAUUGUAGGUCAGGAAAUAUUAAACUGUAAAGUUUAAUGUCCUGAAUGAAGUCAAAAGAUUAAAAUUAAUGCAAAAAUUUCAUUUUUCCCUCUUUUUUAUACUGAAAUGUAAUAAUUUUUAGCAGAUUUCUGAAACUAAAACUUUCCCCGCGAGUUUAUUUUCACCUUUUUAUUUUGUGGGGUCAAAAACAGUUCUCCUUGCCCGACAAAGGCUUAACACAAUUUUGUCUGAACUCUCUGUGCUCCAGAAGGAACAUAGAUGACGCAACUUACAAACAGACGUCACUUCAAGUGGGCUACAUAAGAGAAUAUUGAGGUUGUUUUCCUUUUCUAUUCCUCUAAGACAUCACCACACAUCUUCCUACACCCGCUGACUCAUCUGUCCUCUGAAUCUUGAAUGGGCUCCUUGAUGCAGUUUGGCUUUAAGAGAGAGUAAUUUUGGGUGGGGGGAAAAUCAUGAAAACAAAAGUGCAUAUGUUUUAAAGAUAUCCUGACUGAAUCAUCCUGUUGGUGUGAUGUCUGGAGAAAGCUAUUUUGGUGAGGAGGAUAAAUAUUUACAAAACCAAAAGUCCAAAAGGAGAUACGUGUAGAAUAUGCGAUUUCAACAUGAGACAAAAGUGGAGAAAAAUAGUCAAGACGACAAAAAGGAAAACUGAAGCAUGUAUAAGUAAUCUGAAAACUGGUGGGACGCACAAAGGACUGCAGGCAGAGAUUUGUGGGAAAUAUAAAUGACUUGCAGACUGAUAACAUCAGGGGAGAUGCAGAAAAAACUCAAAUGCCAUGACAGAUAAAACGAAAACAGUGCCAAGCAGAGCAGAAAGAAAAGGGCAAAACCAAAAGCUUCAUAAUUAUGGAGAUUUCGGGCUCUCUAGUGUCUCGUUCAUGCUCAUGUUGAGCUUAAUUAAAAAAAAAAAAAAAAAAAAAAAACUUUAUGUAAUGGACUUUUUGACUGCUUUGGGUGCUUUGGGUUGAGAUAAACACACUAUCCUCCUCUUAUGUAAUCCACCUCUUGCUCUUUUCUUCUUAUCGUUCUUGUCACUCCCCUGUUCAUUCUGUGGAAAGCUAUCGCCAACAGUCAUGUCCAAGAAAGUUUAUUUGUGAAGCACAAACAAGGCAGCUUUCCAGAAAACAAGGGACCGAAAAACCAAGAAAGUUAACAGGAAGGAGCAGGUACAAGAGAAAAAGAAGAGAAACAGCUUUUAAAGGAAACGAGUUCUGACACAGAGAGCUGCUUCGCCCCUGUGCCCAGGAGCGCAGCACAGGUUCUUUCAACUGCAGAGGAGAGUCAAGAAAAACAAGCGAUCCGAUCAUUUUAGGAGGUUGAACAGAAGAUAUUAAGUCAAUAUGAAGACAUAAGGAAGAAUUUCAGAGCUUUUUUUAAGUUAUAAGCAAGUUAAAAACUUGAAACGAUUAACUCAGGUUGGGCUUUUUUGAGAGUUGAAAAUGUUUGAAAGUCUGGCCUGAUCCAUGUUUAAAACCACCCAGAGUCACUAAAGCUCUGUGACCCAGUCAGACACUGUUCUCUGUCGAAUUAGGCCUACAGGGUUUUUGUGUGUAUGUGUGUUGGUCUGUGUCUGUGUUUGUGACUCAUUAUUGUCAUAUGCACUACAGAUUGCAUGCUUUGUUAGUCCCAUUGCACACCCACUUCAUCUGAGGACAUACAGCAUGCUAAAUUGCUGCAGCACCUAAUUGGUGAAACCUAACAGCACGAUAUUCAUACAUCGCUUCACCAACUGCUGCUCCAGGCCAUUGUGUGUGUGUUUGUGUUCCUCUGCAUUACUUACCAUGACUUGUUUGAUAGUAGAUCUCACUUAGACGCCAUCAGCUAAGGUAACUCAAGAGAGUAAAGUCAGGUUUUGUGUCUUUUAAAACUUAUUUGAAAAUGAUUCACAGAUUAAAACAAGAUUAAAACAAGCCUGGAAUUAGGGAUGGGCAAUAUGGGCUAAAAAAAUUUGUCACGAUAAGAUUUGCCGUUCUGGUGAUAACGAUGAAAGUCCUGAUAAAAAUAUCAUAAUUCCUAUCUAUGUUUUUUUGACUCAUUGUCCUGAGAGCACCAGUUGGAGUAGUCAAAAAGAUACUUAACUACAAGUUUAAGUGGUAUGUUAUAGAGAAAAGUAAUGACAUCAAACAAGUCUCAGAUGUGAAAACAUUUUCAACAUUUGUUGAAACCUCUUAUUAGACAGUAAACAGCAGUAGAUCCACUGUCCAAUGUCAGGCAUACCUGAUUGCGAUAACAAAUAUUACAAAGCUAAUAGUCGCAACGCAAACAGUGAGGUACACUGGUCGGUAUCCUAAUCGAAUAUGUGCUCAUCUAAAAAAACAGGUGGGUGGUUGACCUGCUGGGCAUGAGUGUCUGAUGCACCUCCAACAAGCCUUUACAUGCAGGUACUACCCAAGGAGAUCCUGACUGGGGGGAACCGAAUUGAAACUUUGAGGGCCCAGUUGGGUCAUCGACUGGGGACCACCAGUCACUGAUGUUUCAUUCCUUUAACCUCAUUACAUCUCCUGGUGGGCUAACAAUGGCAGGAUCUCCUCCUGAUACCCCCUGCUGAUGCUACAGGUUGCCUUUUUUCACUUCUGCUGCCAGUUCUUUGACAGGUUUUUGGUCUCCGGCAUGGGGCAGGCAUGAGGUGUAGGAGCCAAAAAAAUCCCCUGGACUCCACUCUGACAGAUCUCCAGCCAGACCCUCUGAACCUGCAGCCAAGUCUGAAUACUUGUCUUGUUUCCACUCAGGGGCAGCCUCCUGACCCCCUCCCAUGGGACUGUCAGCUCCAGUGGGAAGACCGUCCUGGACAGUCCUUUGACCACGGUUGUUCUUACCAUCUCUUUGGGGAACUAGAGCUGCCUCCCGAGAUCAACUUUCAUUUGCUGGUCCCUGCCUGAUAAGAUUAGUCUCACUUUGUCUCUAAGGCAAGGUUUUGAUGCUUUCUCCUGACCUCGUGAACUGGUCAUAAAGCCUACCUGGGGAGGAAGUUUUUUUUACAUCCUGACCUGUCUGCAUGUUUUUGCCACCUUUGCCAAACUCUUUCAGACCAAUCUGCCAUCUGUAGCACCCUUGAGACAAUGCCAUAUUGCAACCCAGCAGGAUGUACUGGAGGCUGGCAUUUGUGGUGUUGCAAAGAGAGCAGGUGUCUUCAGUGCUAAACCCUUGGCUGAUUGUGAAGCUGAGUUUGGAUUUAGGGGUCUUAGGGGUCCAGGAAGGUCCUAGGAAAAGACCUUCCUGGACUCCGCCAAGUACUUGAUGGUGCUGCAGUCUACUGAUGGCCAGACUGCACUUUUCCUGGACUUCCUACUUUCUUCAAGUUUAUACUUGGUAACCUGCUUCUCUCCCAAGAUUAUCAGUAGAUUCCUUCAGUCCUAGAACCAGCAAUGAUUGCUGGUAUCCUACUCAUACAAGAUGAUGGAUUGCACUGGUAAUUUAAGUGUGUUCCUGCCAAGAUCAUCAAAAUCAUCAUCAACAACAUCUUGGUUGCCCCGACUGUUUCUGAUCUAUGAAUUUACCAGCUCAUCUACCUUGAUUCCUGCUGAGGAGGGGAUUUUGCAAAGUGUGAGGUGCCAUAAAAGUUACCCUUUGUAAGAGAACAAACAGGGUGCACCAUACCUGAUACUUGCCAGAGAGCUGGUUCCAGCUUAUUCUGGACAGACGAUCAUCUAGCUGCCCCUUCACUGCAUUCCCCAUCUGCCUGUAUGAGAACUCUGCUGUGUAUGCUCAUCACGGACAUGUUGUUUUGUCAGAAACAGGAUCUCCUUGCCACCUGCUACAAAGGCACUGUUAUCACUUCUGACCCUUUUCUGGGGAAACAAAAUUAUUUAUUCAGGGGUUUGAUUCUUAUCCUGGCCAUCCUACGAGCUUGUUGAGUUCUGUUGAGUGCAACAAAUCAGGAGUUCUUGAAGGUACUUCGGUACCAGGCCUCUGAUAGUCUGAUCAAUGUAAAAACAGGUAUAUUAUAAUGUUUUCUUGCCACGAUCAAGCGGUACAAACCCUGGAAAUCCCUUGAGAUAUAAUGGCUGUCAGAAUACCCAACACUUAGAACUAGCUCUGAUAUUGCUUGGCUAGCUUCCUGUUAUGUCUCACCAAUGGAAACUGUCAGCUGGAUUGGUCUUCUUCACGAAAUUAAUUGACAAUAGACACAAUUAUAUCAACCAGUCACAUGUGUUGUAUCUUUGUUCUUUUAUUUUCUUGCAGCUGCCUUGUGUGCGGAGGUGGAGGAACGGCUGGUGAGUCACCUGUUGUCACCGGAGCGCUAUAACAAGCUGAUCAGACCGGCUGUUAACAACAGCCAGCAGGUCACCAUUUACAUCCAAGUCUCCCUGGCCCAGCUGAUCAACGUGGUAAGGAAAUACACACACAAUUGAAACAAAACCCACCACAUAAGCCAGUAUUCAUAACUUUGGAGUGACUUUUUUUUUUAACUCCAUCCUUGAACCUUUGCUUUCCUGUGUUUCAGAAUGAGAGAGAGCAGAUCAUGACCACCAACUGUUGGCUCAGUCAGGUUUGUGUCAACACUCGUCUCCUUGUUUUUUGUUCUCACUUUAUUAAGUGAAUGAAUGUUUGUGUGCCUGAGGUCCCAUUAUAUCCAAGCAUCACCUAUUGGUGGCCCAACAAGUCUGACUCAUAUCGGCCAUCAGAAGUAAAACACAACAUAUUUGGGUGUGUGGACAUGCAGCAGUUAAAUAAAAUGUGCAGAGACAUUCACUGAUUCUCUGCUUAGGUCACCUCAUAGUGUGAAAGAUAAAUAUGUCCGACCUCAGUUGUGCAUUUUUGUCAUAUAGGGACUGACUGAACCACUGCAUAUGUUGGAACUGUGCUAAUAAGCUGGUGUGUUGAUGUGUCUUUAUGUUUGCACUUGUUUUAUUCUCAUGCUCCUGUAUAUGUUGUUUCUAAUGAAUUAUGUCUCUUUGUUUGUGUGUAAAUUCAUAAUUCACAUUUUUGUGUGUGUGAACUUGUGAAGGUAUGGAAUGACUACAGAUUAAUGUGGGACCCAGAGGAGUAUGAGGGAAUCAAGAAGAUCCGGCUCCCAUCACAACACAUCUGGCUGCCAGACAUAGUUCUGUACAACAAGUAUGUCUGUUUGUUAAAAAUACAACCUGUGUGUGUACAUGAGUAAAACUAGGAAAUCAAAAGAGGAGCAAACUACUAAGAAAAGCCCCAUUUUCCAAGACAUGUUUCUGUUCCCUUUACCAUUUGUAUUAUUUUGUCUAUCCCAGUUUUUUUCCUCUUUUGGGAUAAUGAAGAAAAACUAAUUGUUUAACUACUUUUAAGAACUUGCUGUUGCAGUUCUUGGUUAUAUAUAAUUAUCUGUUGAUAUUUAACUCUUUUCUCAACUUAUAGCCUAGCUGGACUGGGUAUUGUGUGUAUCACAAUAAAUCUUAGUUUUCAACUCUAGCUUUUCCCUGUAGGAGGCAUAAAGAAAAUAUCCAACACCUAACAGUCUGCAAUAUCUUAAUAUUUAAUCCAAAUACAGAUACUUGAAAUAAAGGGUUUGAGCUUUUAGCUGCCAUUAAGACAGAUUUACUUCAUGCAACAGACUCAUGCUAAAGAAAUACAACAGAACUGCACUGCAAAUGAUGCAAAAGCCAAACAACUCGAUCAACAACAAACAUACUGCAAGUGCAUAAAAGAUGCAAAGUCAAAGGCAUACUAACACCAAGAAUUGCUGCAUAUCCAGAUAUCCCAACAGCAGAGCAUCAGGUUGAGGGAGAUGACGCAGUGAGCCUAUUAUCAGAGCACACAAUGAUAAACUCUGCCAGAGCUGAGUGUCUCUGAGGACUGUGUCCUACUUUCUACUGUGAAAAAUUUAAAGUUAUAACAUGUGAAAACCCACACAGCUCUAACUGAGACGUGGUUUUUGAUAGACAGAUAACUACUGCAGUAGUUGAUGCAGUGUCACUGAAGUUAACUCAGUCCUUUAGCUGACUCUGCCAUGUUGGGCUCUGAUCACCAGACCUACACAGGAGUUUCAGACCAAAACAGAAGAGGAGGCUUGGUUGAGAAAAUAGCAGUAGUUUGAUGACAAGUUAAGACAAGACAUUACCAGCAACAGACUAUGACACUGGACUAUGACACUAAGGAGGAGAAGAGCUUGUGGAGGAGUGAGGGGGAUGUUAGGUAUUUUUCAGCAUCCAUUUUUAAGGACCCUUGUGUGCGGUUCAGUCAGAGAAGCCACAGGAUGUCUGGAAAGCUCGUGCCAUCUGUGGAGUUAAGUGAACUCUGCUGCAAACAGCUUGCCUUGUACUCAAACCCCACCACCUGACAGAGUCACAUUAUAAACCUGACCUAAGAUGAUUUAGGAUAUCUUGAUUUUUGUUACAUUCUUGUUGAAGCUGGCAAUUUUCAUGACCAACCUUCAUCUGCACACAAGAAGUUUGGGACAUGAUGAGAGCCUUGAAACUAAAGCUUAACAGACGUGGAAAUGUGAAUAAUUUUACCAGAACUGUGUCUAAAAUGAAGAAGAAACAAUGAAAUUGAGCUGGAGAUAGUGCGAAAAACUCACAGCUGUGCAGGAAUAAAGAGUCAGCAGAGUUAGUCAUUCGUUUAUAGUCAAGAUUCUCCCUUACAGGCAGCUGGUCAGCUAAAGACCAUAGAAAGAGCGUGAUUGCUAAGAAGAUGCAGAAUGAUCAGAGAUGGUCAGCUUCACUGUAAGAGGGAUCAGGGUCUCCUGAAGUCAGGGGGACUAAGGGUUGCAGUGAGCAGGUGGGGCCUUUACAUUUUUAAUUAGUCUACAUAUUCACUACAACCCAAAAGCAUUAGAGACCAAGUGUGAUGGUUGGACCCUUGACCCCCUUUAUAAUUGAUAAGCUACUUAUUUAUAAUGCAACACCUGCAGCCAGCCUUGUUGAGAGGAAGAAAAGAAAAUCUGUCUCAGCAGAUCUGAGGUGGUGGUGGUGGGGGGCAGUUUUUUCCAUGUUGCUGGGAUGUACCCCAGGGUGAGAUACCCCCUUGAGGCAACAAGGUCCAGAAAUAUUGCAUGUACCACCUCUGAAAUGACACUGUUUCAGUUAUCUCAGGACCCACUGACUGCCAGUGAUGGAGGUAUGAAGCCUCCAGGAACAAUGACUAGUUUAUCUUGUUCCUGAGACUUUGAUAAGGUGAUUUGGGAAUUUGGGACCUGGAAAAUUACUCAAUAUUGAUUACAGUCCAUCUAGUGGACUUGUGAUGUGAAACUCAAGUUCAUUUUGACAGACGAUCUCCAUGACUGGAUUGUUUGCUGAAGACAUACAAUGGAAAACUGUGCCAAGCCUGUUCCAUUUGUCCAAGCAGACAUGACUUCAUUGCCCUCUGUCUAUAUGUUCUGUAGCCAUGAGUGGACAGAAUCUCUAAAUGGGAUCAGUGUUUUAGUGAUGGCUUUGACAGUGAAUCCACUGAAAAAUUCACGGUCAUGGAUGAGCAUCCUUAAGAUAGUGAUGAAGCUGUAACAAAUGUACAUUUGGAGUGUAACAAUAAACUAUGUUCAAACUAUUUUUAUGGUCUCAAGCAAAUCCCAUGCACCGUUGUGUUUUCAAAAAGGUGAACACCCCAAGUAGAUGUUUGAUAUAAAUUCAAUAUGUGUGUGAAAUAACUCGAGGAAAUGGUAGAAAUUGAUCUUAAAUCAGUUGUUGAAUGUGAUUCACAGUUAUUCUUUCAUGAGCCAGUUUUUUUUCUGACUGUUUUGACUUUUUGUUUCUUUUCUUUUUGUCUCUCUGCCACCAAGUGCUGAUGGGACCUAUGAAGUCUCCUUCUACUCUAAUGCUGUGGUCUCCAACAAUGGCGAGGUGAACUGGCUCCCACCAGCUAUCUACAAGUCAGCCUGCAAAAUUGAAGUUCGAGAUUUCCCUUUUGACCAGCAGAACUGCACGCUCAAGUUUCGUUCCUGGACUUAUGACCACACAGAGAUUGAUCUAAUCCUUCUCAGUGAUUACGCUUCACGUGAUGACUUCAAACCCAGUGGUGAGUGGGAUAUUGUUUCACUGCCUGGACGCAAGAAUGAAGAUCCCAAUGACAUCAGGUACCUGGAUAUCACCUAUGACUUUAUCAUAAAGAGGAAACCACUGUUUUAUACCAUCAACCUGAUCAUUCCUUGCAUCCUGAUCACAUCACUGGCCAUUCUGGUUUUCUACCUCCCGUCAGACUGUGGUGAGAAGAUGACUCUCUGUAUCUCUGUUCUCUUGGCUCUGACUGUGUUUUUACUUCUAAUCUCAAAGAUUGUGCCACCCACAUCUUUAGCAGUGCCUCUUAUUGGAAAAUACCUGAUGUUUACAAUGGUCCUGGUAACCUUCUCCAUUGUCACCAGCGUUUGCGUGCUCAACGUCCACCAUCGGUCCCCCAGUACACACACCAUGCCUCCUUGGGUCAAGCGCGUCUUUCUGUACCAACUCCCCUCCUUCCUCUUUAUGCGCAGACCCGGUAGCUCCAACAUCCGAGAAAAGUUCAGGAAAAAGCACCAGCAGAAGUCGUUCUCUGAUCAAAAGCUGCACGGAGUAGAUGGAGGGACUGUUCCUACUCUGGGGAUGGCAGAUUCAUCCUCAUCUUUCUUUGUGAAUGAGGAGUCGACUAAACGCUACGGCUGGAAGAUUAGCGACUUGCCAGAAAAUUCAGAGUUCAGGAAGAGAAUGACGCUUAAGAGCAACAUCGAUGUAGAGGAUGCUGUCGAUGGAGUGCGCUACAUCGCUGACAAGAUGAAGAGUGAGGAUGAUGAUGAAGGGGUAGGUGUAUGUGCUAACCUGCUAAUUGUUUGUGCCUGUGUGUGCACGUGCGAAAGAAACGCGUGUUUUAGAUUCUGGCUGUGACUUUGUUUUGACUUUUUGAGAGAUUUCAAUAUUUGUGGCAGUGAAGGAGAGGAAAAAAAAUUUCAGCCUCAAAAGCAACAUAGCCUUAUGUAUUACAGUUUUGACCUUGGAAAAUAUUGGAGGAAUAGACGAAAAAAUAAAGAGGAAUGACUUAAUGUAUCCAACAACCUGAGAGAUCCUACGGUACAUUAUUCACAUUUUUAAUUGCUCAACACUUUCAAAAGGAUUGACCCUGACUCUGUUACGAAUCUUCUGAAAAUGUUGGUAAUCAUUUUAUUUUUCCUUUAGAGCCAUCAUCAAAAUAAAUUCAGAUUUAGAUUCAGAUAACUGUAUGAAUCCUUGACGGGCAAUUCACUUCACAGUAACCUGCCUUGUUAUUAAAUGAUCAAAGAACAGACAAAUACCAGACAUUCACAGCAGCAUAUGGCCCAAACAUUCCUCUGUCAGCACCACAAAUCAGUAAUAAAUAAAUAACUAGAUAAUAAAUACAUGUGCAAUACAUUCAACAGGUGAGUUACUAAAAUGCAUUAAGAAAUAAUGUGAUAAAACGAGUCAGAUAAGAAGUAAAACAAUCCUGAGACCCCAAUUUCAACACCCACAAAAUCCAACACAGGCCACCAAUCCGCUACUUCUCAGCAUUUAGCAGUCCGGUCACUGAGUUGGAGUUGUAGUACCAAUUUGUAAAUAAAGAUCACUAUCUUAAUGAAUCCAAACCAUAUUCCUGUGACACCCAUGUUGUUUUUCCCUGACUAAAUUAUACUUCAUAUAAAACCAUGUGGUCUUAUUAGCCUUAUGUACAAUAAACACAUGGUCAUACGAUUAUAAAACUGUGUAUUUGGAUUAUAUGCAGGUUUUUACUCACUGUGCAUGUCUUUUGGAACCAUAUUAAAAUAUUGCAAGCUUUGUUAAUUAAUUUGGACAGAGGACUUGCGUUUUGUAUUUUGCAGAUUUAUUACAUUAUUUAACACUAAGGAGAUGAGUCACAACAUUGACUAAGCCAAAAGAGACAACGAUACACUGUGCCUGGUCUGCCUCAGAGCAAAUUCAACAGCUUAAGUUGUGACUAUGUACCACUUGAUAUUAUGCCAGAGUGCAUCACAGUAUCAUCAGUGCUGUUUUAGCAAAAAUAAAUUGCAUUAGAUAUAUUUAAAAAACAACAAUAUAUCAGUUUGAUUCAGUUCAGUUCAGGACAAAAAUUCUUCUAUUACCGAAUUUAAUAUCUAACCUCUCUCUGCAGAUAAUUGAAGACUGGAAAUAUGUGGCAAUGGUGAUUGAUCGUCUCUUCCUGUGGAUCUUUGUGAUGGUGUGUGUGGUUGGCACACUGGGCCUCUUCAUGCAGCCUCUGUUCCAGAGUUACAACACCCCCAUUGUUGAUGACAUGGAGUCUAACACUGAAACCUGAACUUUGAUGACAACAUGAUCCAGACAUGAACUUUGAGUCCCUCCUAAAAAGAGCUCUGUCAACAUUUUCACACAUAAACUCACAUGUCUGCCUCCUAACACACGCUCACUCAUAAAUAAUGAUAAUGCACUUUAGCCUUCUCCCACCACCGCUUCCCUUUUUUGGUACCAACUCUUCCCCCUUCCACCUCCAUGUGCCCUGCCAUCCUUUCUGCCAUUCAUGUGUCAGUCACAGACAACCUUUGGUAUAUUUAUUUGAGUUAACUUUAUCCAUAACUCUGGUAUGCAACAACUUUGGUCUUAGAACAUAGUAGAAUUGCUGAUUCCAAACCAAGCAGCAGCCUCUUGGGCUGAAAGAUGAAGCCAACACUGAAGUGCCAAAAUUUACAGUCCUUAAGUGGCCACUCAAGGCAGGCCGCAAUAGUUAGUGAAUCCCAAUAGAUCCCCAUUUUAAAAUGCCACAGUAAGAUAUAAUAUGAAUACAACCUGAUAGAAAAAAACCCAACAGAUUCAGUAUUUAGAUCUAAAUCCUUGAUGUACAGAAGUUUUGUCCUUUCAUAGAUUCUUGUUACAGAGAAAGAGCAGAAAGAGGGAAGGCAAUGACUUGCAUUAAAGGUCUCUGGCCUAAAUUUAUAAUCCCUUGGGCCAAGUGCACCUGGUGACUGUACGCUUUGGUGUAACUCUAUGUCCGGUUAAAAGCCAAAAGUUAAGACCAGCUUAAAAUUCUGCUCUGUGCACCACUUCCCUUAAGCCCUGGGGCCUUUUGAACCUUACAUUGUAUAGAUUGUGUCUUUCAUUUGGGUUUAAUGUCCACACUGAUCAAAUAUUAUUGCAGAUGUGGCAUUAACACUUGCAGUAGCCAAUCAGAGAAAAACUUUUCUACCUGUAAAGUAAUUGUUGAAGUGCUAACUCUCAACUGAAUAAACUAAAGGCAGAAAAAAAAAACGCAACCAUCACUCAAUGAGAAGAGUCAGUAAAUUAUGACUAAGCAUUAUGGUCUGAUGACAAUUAAUCUUUAGUGUAAAACUAUCACACUAAUUGGCACUAAUUAAAAAAUAUUUGUGUAAAGUAGAGGUACUCCAUGCAGCUCUCUGCUCAUGGGCACUGACUGGAGCAGGCUACAAAUUCAUGUUUCAUGUAAAUUCAUGUUAAUAUAUUUUAAAUUGAUUUAAUCAGAGUACAUCGCCUGCCCCAAAACCUCGUCUUCUUAGAAGCUAUCCCAUCUUGAUAAAAUGAUGAACUAUGACAGCCGGCGUUUAGUGAGGACUUUACACCUACUCAAAACCAUAGAUGUAAGAUUUAUGUUGUAACUUAAGCUGAAAAUAUUUCAGCCCAAAAAUAUUUGUAGCACAUGAACUCCAUCCUAAAAUGUUCAAACUGGACAGGGUUUGAUUUUAAACACAGCUGGUUUAACCCAGUCAUAAAACUUGAAUGGAAAAAUAUGACGGUGGCGGGUCCUUUUCACAUAAUAAUUGAAUAGACAUUCACACAAGAGAGAGAGAGUAAUUUAUGAUUGGAGACUUACAGACAAUGAGUUAAUUUAAAGGUGUUGUUUCAGAAAGAAAGCCCUGUUUGAAUAAAAUACUCUCUAAUCUCAGCUGUGGGAUGUCUGGGACUAAAACACAAUGCUGUACCUGCCCUGCAGGAGCUGAUCUGCUUGAGUUUACUGCAAAUAAGGCUGUCAAUUCUGAGCUGCCAAUACCACCAGUCCCAUGAAAGUGGAGGAGUUCUCUCCAAACACAUCCCUGAUUAUGCUGCUUUAUGAUAAUGGCUUUGGUGAGGGACCUCCAUUUUUUUGUUCAUCAGUAGCUGUCAUUUAUUUGUGUUGUUGUUUAUAACCCAUAAAAUUUAUGUUUUUAUAUUCUAUUUUGCAAUUUAGCAAUUCUUUCAGCCGAUAAGUCCAGACUGGAUGCAGCUAGGUCUGUUCUUGAUGCCCUCACAAAUAUGGUCGUAGCUUAAUCGGACUUAAGAGGUAUAACGAGUGUAUUCCAUGUCCAGCUGGAGCACAUGGCCCCCAAAUGUUACUGUAGCAUCAGCCACAGGUUACAGAUUGACUCCCUAAUUCAGCAUUGAGCUAUCUGACUCAUAGGUUGAUCAUAACUGAUACCCCUGAUGUUAUGAUGUAAAAGAGACAAUGGCUGAGUCUAUAUAAAAAAAAAUCUCAGGCUAAAAAUCAUACAGAGUUAUCAUGGUCAUUCAUUGCUUUAGUUUGAAAAGAAAACCUGUACCAGACAUGAUCAAAUAAAAGUGUGUUGACCUCUAUCACUGUUUGCAAAGGUUUACCUGGCCAACCACAACUCAGGACUUUUUUUGUUAGUGUCAAACAGACUUUUUGUAGCGGUUUUCUCUGUUUCUGUCUGUAUCCAAACCGACUUACACGCCAUGGUGGGACAAGCAUGCUUACAAGGCUCUGUCCUUUUCUUUUUCGCUUGACUCUAUCUGAGAAACAGCCCAAAGAUGAGUAAAGCCACAUAAACUCACAAGCAGACUCAUAAUACAGACAUAAGCACUACAUCAACAUCACACACCCUGAAGAGAAGAUUAAACUUUUGCAUAGAAGAAGGUCACCUCCCAUCGUCCUUUCGCUAGAGACACGCAAACUGUAGGAGUUUCUACUGUUCGCCUUGAAAAUGAGCAAAAGGAGACUCAGAAGAGAUGAGUGAUGGACUGUUAGAGUAAUAAUAGAAGUGUGAGGAGGGUUCCAAGCCUGUUUUAACCUGCAAAAACACCUCACUGCUGCUCGGGUGACGUUUCAAAGCAGCAAUGCUUUAAAUAAAGGUUGCAAUAGUGCCAAAAGAAAAAAAAAAAAAACAAGGAAACGACACAAAGGAACUUAAAACAGACGACCACUCGUGUGUGUCUCCUCACAGUGCUCCUCCUUUAAAAGGUACCGUAUGCUGGUUUCAUCAAAGCAGUGCUUUACAGCAUCCACCAAGAAAACCAGCAGCCAUAAUAUUGUACAGUCUUUUAUACUCACUGACCAGGGACAUAUUAGUCAAACACUUGCUAUACGGUCCAUCAUGCCAUCAUGUUGUACGCUUGAUUACUGCAGUCGGUUUGGGGCACUACUUGAAGGCAGUCAUUAUUUGAAGAAAGUAGAAUAACUUACCACCAUCAGACCACUCUACAUGUCACUGCUUCCAGCGUUGGCCAAGGAAAAGGUGAACUGUACUAAUCCAGUUGAAUUGUUUUUGAUUUGUGUGGUUUUACUUUGUCAGUGGAUGGUGUGCUUAUACAUGUUUUUUAUUUUGUGUUUUUGUCCGUCAUGUUGAGUUUUUGUCUGUUUGGACAAUAAAGAGACUGUGGUUGGACAUGAUGUCUUGAGAAGUGGAUCAAUAAAGGGCAAUGAAAGCAA